CGGCCGCCGCAGCAGUCCCCGGGCGGAAGGGGGAGAUGGUUUCCAGGGCCAUGGAUCGGUUGCUGAUUGUCGUCUCCGUGCUGGAAGGCCGCUGUUUUCCAAAACGACCCAAGCACCUGCUUAUAGUUGAGGCAAAGUUUGAUGGUGAACAGUUGGCUACUGAUCCUGUCGAGCACACGGAUCAGCCAGAAUUUGCUACAGAGCUGGCUUGGGAACUUGACAGAAAAGCGCUUCAUCAGCACAGGCUGCAGCGUACACCUAUCAAACUCCAAUGUUGUGUGUUGGAUCCUGUAUCUUCGUCUAAGGAUAACAUAGGCUAUAUUGUACUUGAUUUAAGGGCUGUACAGGAAAAGAAACAGGCACCCAAAUGGUAUCCUCUGCUUAGUAACAAGUACACUAAAUUUAAAUCUGAAAUACAAGUAGGUGUUGUGUUGGAGACUGAUUCAAAAGCACUGGUUGAUGGUUUUAAAGCAAAGGAGGCAUCUCCUAGAGAAGGGAAAGCAUCUGCCCUUCUUUCUGGAAUAGACCCUAAAAGUAUAGUACCAGUCUUGAAUGAAGAAGAAGGUUGUCAUCAGAUUGGACCGGCGGAAUAUUGCAGAGACUACUUUGUCUUGUCUGUGACCAUUGUGUUUGCCGCACAGUUGGAACAGUUAGUUCCUACUACUAUGAAGCUUCCAGAGCGGCAGCCUGAGUUUUUUUUCUACUAUUCAUUACUGGGAAAUGAUGUCACAAAUGAGCCUUUCACUGAUUUAAUUAAUCCAAACUUUGAGCCAGAAAGAGCCUCAGUUCGAAUACGUAGUACUGUUGAUGUCCUUCAAGUUUAUCUUUGUGCACAGUCAAAAUUGCAGAUCCAUCUUUGCUGUGGGGACCAGUCUCUUGGAAACACUGAAAUACCCCUGUCUGGAUUACUGAAGAAGGGAAAUGCAGAGAUCGAUCAACAUCCUGUGACAAUAGAAGGAGCAUUUGUCCUUGUUCCACCAAAUAGAGCUGAACAGAAACUGCCACAGUUGCCUUUGGAUAUGGCUCCUACUGUUGGGGUAUCCGUAAUUCUGCAAAGGGAGAGCUUGAGUGCCCAGCUUGUGAUUCCCUUAAAUGCUCCAACUGGACCUAAUCAGCCACAGGAGAAAGUACUGUCAGCUGUUAAAGGGAAAACAGGGGGCCUGCAGCAGAGAUCCCAGAAUGCUCCAUCUCAGGUUAGCCACUCUUCUUCAAUACAAGAUGAAGCAACAGAAAGUGAAGUGGAAAGUCUUAAGUUUGAAAAAGGCAUGAAAGUAAAGAAAAAGGGGCUGGUGGCUGAGUCCUGUCAAGUGGUUAACAAACAGCGUACUGAAGAGCUUCCAGUUUUCAAAUCACAGAACAGACCAAAGUCACCUCUGUCAUCAGAUCUGCAAAAUCCUGCUGAUAAUGGUCCAGUAGCUGCAUCUCAGCCUGUCCCUGUGGGUGCAUCCAGUUCUUCUGAGCCUUCAGCACAGAAAAUUGUUAUUCCUGCAGCCUCUCACCAUUUUUGCUUUUCAAUAGAUCUGCGAAGUAUACGUGGUUUGGAAGUUGGUUUUCCAAUAAAUUGCAUUUUAAGGUACUCAUAUCCAUUUUUUGGCAGUGCAGCGCCUAUUAUGACAAGCCCACCUGUAGAAGUUAGAAAAAACAUGGAAGUCUUUCUUCCACAAUCCUACUGUGCUUUUGAUUUUGCAACUAUACCUCAUCAGCUUCAAGAUACGUUCUUGAGAUUACCUCUGUUGGUCGAGUUGUGGCACAAGGAUAAAACAGCUAAAGACUUACUUCUAGGGAUGGCGAAGCUUCAGCUUUCGAAUGUUUUGGCUUCAGAAAAAACCCGGUUCUUGGGUGGUAAUGGUGAACAGUGCUGGCGUCAGACUUAUAAUGAAACAGUCAGUGUCACAGCAGCACAAGGGUCAGGCAGCAGAAUAGCAGACCUUUCAUAUGCUAUCACUUUGGAAGACCACGGGCUUGUGAGCAUGCAAGAAGUUCUGGUGUCAGAUUCUUCUCAAUGUGUAGGUGCUGGUCAGCAAUGGCAUGUCCCUCACAUUCAGCCUUGCUGUGCCCAAGAAAAUCCUCCAGAACCUCGAGAAACUCUUGAAUACAAAGCUGCACUAGAGUUGGAAAUGUGGAAGGAAAUGCAAGAGGACAUUUUUGAAAAUCAGCUUAAGAAGAAGGAAAUGGUCCAUAUGCAAGUACUUGCAGAAGAAUGGAAGAAAAGAGAGAGAGAGAGACAAGCUUUAGUGAAGAAGAAGGUAGCAGAAUAUACUGGUUUGGAAGAACAACUUCAGAAAACCUUGAGAGAUCUAGACAAGCGAGAACGGCAGCUUUUUAGUGCUGAAUCGGAGCUUCAAACAGUAAAGAAAGACUUGCAAGCAGAGCAUGAACGAAAGCUGCAGGAGCUACAGGAUUCUGUGCGGCGAGCCAGAGUAGAAUGUGCACACCAGGUUGAGCUAGAAAGGUCAAAAAUCAAACAGCUGGAAGAAGACAAGCUUCGCUUACAGCAGCAGCUCAAUGAAGCAGAAAAUAAGCAUAAAAUUCUGGAGAAGGAGUUCCAACAAUACAAAGAACAGCAAAGUAGCAAACCAGAAAUUAAGCUACAGUCGGAAAUAAAUCUUCUCGCUUUAGAAAAGGUUGAACUUGAAAGAAAGUUAGAGUCAGCUACGAAGUCAAAGCUCCACUACAAACAACAAUGGACAAGGGCUUUGAAAGAACUUGCGAGGUUAAAACAGCGUGAACAAGAAAAUGCAGUGGCUUACCUUAAAAAACAGCAACAGGAGUUGGAGCACAUGAGGUUGCGCUACUUGGCAGCAGAAGAAAAAGAGCUGGGGAAACCAGACCGUCAAGAGUUGGAAGAUAUCAGAAAUGAACUUAACAGGCUAAAGCAACAAGAAGAAGAAAGAAAGCAGUUGCAAGAUAUUAGAGCUAAUUCUGCUAAUAGAAUUUCUAAUUCUAGAAAAUUAAAUGAGAACACAGAUGAUUAUCUCUCUCGUCUAAUAGAAGAGAGGGAUACCCUGUUGAGAACAGGAGUAUAUAAUCAUGAAGACCAUAUUGUGAGUGAACUUGAUCGUCAAAUCAGAGAAGCUAUUGCAAAAAGGAACAUCACUAAAUAAACACAAACAAGAGUUGAUAAAAACCAAAAUUUGAGCAGAGUGAUUUUUUGUAUUGCCUUACAAAUACAUAAGGUAAUGCUUAAUUUUGCACAUUAUUGUUAGGUCUUUCUGAAGUGGAUGUAAAUAUUUGCAAAAUGUGAAGUUAAGUGCAGUUUUAAGUUUUAUAGUGGUGACAGCUGUUUUUUAAUGUUUUUAUACUCAUGUGUAUACAUAUGUAAAUAUAUUUAUAUUUUGUAGUUUCUUCUGAAAUGUUUUCUGCCUCUUUUUGCAUCACCAUGGCUAUGUUUAUUUGUAAUGUUUUUAGUAUGUACUCUAAGAUUGUUGGUCCAUAUUGUCAUAAGUUCAUUCAAUUUUUGAAAAGAUUCCUUC